AUGUCAGAAUCUCCCUCUCCGUGCUCCCCUCGUAGCACAACUUUCCUGCCCGCUUCGCAUUGUGAUGCAUCAGAAGCCCCAAUGACCGUCCCUAGCCAGUCUUAUAUGUUUGUCGAGGUCGAAUCAUCAACUCCAGCAUUCAUACAUACAAACCAACAGCACUACCACUCCCCAAACGAAACUUCUUCUCACCCCCAUGGCGGAAAGACGGGAUCCCCUUAUCAACGUUCACCGUCCCCGAGGGGAGCAUUACGGAUAUCGCCGUCACCACACCCCAAACGAUCGAUGGAUAAGAAACCAGCGCUUGCAUGCUUAUUCUGCCGAGGCCGGAAAAUUGCGUGUGGCCCACCCGUACCGGGUAGCAAAGACAGGACAUGCAAUCAGUGCGCUCGUAGACAUUUGAAAUGCGAAUAUCCACUAGAGUCGCGUCGGGGAAUGAGGAAGCGCCGGUCGCUGAUUCCCCGAGGAAGCGGCUCUCCGCCACCCGAAAGCAAUGCAGGGAAUCCAAAAGUGAUAAGGCCGGGUCGAAAACGAUCUGUGGACAAACGGCCAUAG